UGGUUUCAUUUUUGAGUGCAGUCAGUACUGCGUGGUGCAACUUCCCUCGCGCACAGUGUGUGUGCUUCGUGCUGCCCUGCACAGGAGCUGCAGCUUCAGCAUGGAGCCGAGCCUCGGGGGCAGCCUCAGCUCCUGGUAAAUUGCAUCCCACUUGCCGUGAGAAGAUCUGCCAAGAGUUGCCGGAAAAUUACUGAAGGAGAGAAUAUUUACCAGGAGUGAAAAAUACAAUGGAUCCAGACAUCUUAAAUGUGUUUACACAGCCUGCUGCCCUUAAUCAGUUCCUUGUUGAGAAUGUCAUCACUCCAGGAGAGAAGAAGAAACUUAUAAAACCCACUGCAAGCAACAAUCCCAAAUUGGAGGAGUUAAAACUGUUAUUGAUUGACUGGAUUAACACAACUCUGAAACAGGAGCACAUAGUAGUUAAAAGUCUGGAAGAAGAUCUGUACGAUGGGCUGGUACUUCAUCAUCUCUUGGAAAAACUAGGAUCUCUCAAGCUGGAUGUUGACAAGAUCGCAUUAACAGAAAAAAAACAGCGGCAGAAACUCUCUGUGAUUCUGGAAGCUAUGGAUAAGUGUUUGCAACUGGAUGAAAGUCAGCUGAAAUGGAGUGUGGAAUCUAUCUUAACAAAGGACUUACUGAGCACCCUGCAUCUUCUGGUCACAAUAGCAAAGCACUUCCAACCCAGUCUGGCUAUUCCUCCAAAUGUUCAAGUGGAAACAAUCAUCAUUGAGAACACCUCCGAAGGAUUAAGGAUGACAAGUGCAGUGGAAUAUAUCACAGGAAGCAAAGAGAAUUUAGAAGAGCAGUCAACGGAUGAUGCCUUUGAUGAAUUAUUUAGCCGUGCUCCAGAUAGACUGGAUGAUGUAAAAAAGGUAUUUUUGCAAUUCGUCAACCAGCAUGUUGGAAAAUUAGGAUUAAAUGUGAAAGACAUGGAAUCUCAGUUUGCAGAUGGAGUUAUCUUACUUCUGUUAAUUGGACAACUGGAGGGUUACUUUCUGAAUUUAAGGGAUUUCUUCCUGACUCCAGCCAGCACCACAGAGAUGCUUCACAACGUUAACCUUGCAUUGGAUUUGCUGACAGAUGGAGGUCUUCUAAAUUUUUCUGUGAACUCUGAAGAUAUUGUGAAAGGAGAUAUGAAGUCUACAAUGAGGAUUCUGUAUUGCUUGUAUUCCAAAUACAAGACUAAAGAAACAUGAAGAGCAAGACCAAGAAUUUGAAUGCUCUGUUUGCCGCUGUGCAUGCACUUGUGUUUGACAUUUGCUGUAUUAAUAUUGUAUAUUCAAAUAUGUGUUUCUGCAAGGUUUCACACACCCUGAAUAACUGGAAGUUAGUGCAUGUUCAGGGCCAGUGAAUUGUGUAGUUCUGUGUCUGUAGCUCUUUAUCUCUCUCUCUUGUUCGUUCGAGACUCCAUAAUGCUGCAAAGUGUAACACAUGCUUGUAAAAGAUUCUGGAUUCUUUGCUUCUGGAAAUGAAUAUGGAAGAUGUUAUUACACCCACCCUGUGUUUCUGCUUCUGGUUUGCUCUGGAAACAGGAGAAGGGGAAAACCAACCAUGGCAUCUCCAGGAAGAUUACAGAUACUAUGAAAGUUCAGGUUCAAAAACUUAUUUACACAAGUGGCCAGCUGUUCUCAGACAGGAGACUGUGGAUUGGACACCAGAUGAAUAGGUAGCCAAAAUGAAAUCGGAACUUACCUUUAAUGACAUAAUUGAAGUCUUUGAUAAAAGUUUCAUUACUUGCUCACUCGAACCUGGAAAAGGGACCUAGGAUCACAUGCCGAUGUGAGACUGUAGUAACAGAAGGGUCACCUGCACAGCUAUGGAAAGAUGCCCUGAUUUUCUUGCUAAGCUAAGGCCAAACUGGCCAGCUUCAGGCUGUUGCAGCCCUAGUGUAACAUGCAGCUAGCGAAAACGUUGAUGUCAAGCAUGUUAAGGAGAGACUGACAUGACUGCAUUUCCCUCCAGAUAGAGGUGGACAGAUCCUGGCUUGGCUUACUCUGCAGCUGGUAGAAGAGGGAAGCAUUGAUGGAAGUAACAAAGCUCAGUUUCUGCCACUUCUGACAGCAUAGUCAUGAUGCGGGGGCUCUCAAACUCUUGUGGGACUUUCUUAGCUGCAUUUGUCCAGCAAACAUCCUGAUGCAACCCAGCAGGCCCCCCUGGAUGCAGCUAGCUAACCACAGUUCAUGUCAAUUGUCACCCUUGCUCUUUCUCUGAGGUUUUUAAACCUGAACUCCUUCAAAAACUUCAUCUGCUCCCUUGACCUUAAAAUUAUGUCAUGUUUGUGUUACAUAAAGCUUGGGAUGUGAUUAAAAAACAAAAAGUUUUGAUAUUAUUCUGGCUUCCAUCUAAACUGAUUUAAUUUCCUGCAGUCAGUGGCUCUGACACUUGGCCUCUGAUCUGAUCCUCCAUCUGUGUAUUAACAGGACACCAAACACGCUGAGCGCAAGUGGUGACAUUAACAGAUGAGAAUUUGUUGUCUAAUUCUUGAUCACCCAGCCAAAGAAAGAUCCUUAGAUAGCAAUGAUGAUGUCUUCAAGUCCUGCCUUUGAAAAUCGUAAUAAUGCACAGCUGUUAAAGGAAAGCAUUCUGCAGACUGCUAUGAGCAUAAUCCCUUUUGCACCGAUAAAUACAUUGUUAUAUUUUUACAGAGGAAAAAACCAAAUGUGUGGUGCAAAUGAACUGCAAGAUCAAAUUGCUUCCCUAACACAAGUUAGUUGUAUGUGACAUUUUGAAAGACUUAAAUCAGAAAUACUUGUUCUUUCAUGUGCAAGUCUCCAUAGGUAUCUUGCUUUAUUCCUUAAUGGGCUCAAACAGUUUACCGGGAGACUUUAAAGUUUGUUCUGGCUUCACAGAUCCCCGCUGCCAUUGCUGUAAUAUCGUAAGCAGGUUGUGCAAUACGUCAUUAUUGAGCAGGUAAAAUUGGGCUGUCUCUGGUGGAGGGUAGGGGUGAGGAGCAGGAGAGCAAUUGGCAGAGAUAUGGUAGCAGUGCAGCCUUUUCCACCAAGUCUGUUAACCUGAAUUUCAUAACUGUUGCUUGUGACCGGAAGUCAUUUCCAGUGUGUGGCUUUUUUUAUAGCCUCUGGACUAUGCCUUGGGUAAAGGUGGCAUGGGGGGGAGGAUUAGCUGGUGCUGCCUGGUUGGGAGGUUAUCACAUCAAGGAAACGUUGAUUUUUCUCUGCGUGCUCUGAGUUUUUGUGGCCCACUCCUCUGGUGUAAGUAAAUCUGGUGUUUGCACUUCUGCAGAUUCUUGUCAGGGGAACCAAAUCUGGUUCUUGAUAUUUAAUAAAAGAAAGGGUUGUAUUCCCUUCCCAACAUCAUUUUGUCUAACCCUGUUAUAAACAAGUAAUUCUUUAGAAAACAGCUGGUUGAAUAAAAAAUACAGCAAGACCAAAUAAGAAUGUUUUAAUCUGUUUUUCUAUUCUAUGAGCCAAUUUAUAACAUGCUUGAUGUCUCUGAACACUUUGAUAAAGAGCCUGUGUUUGAUUCCUAAAUCAUGCUACAGAAUUUUACUAAUCCAUUGUAUAGGCACCCACUCCAUAAACCAGUGCAGAAUAUACAAGCACAUUACAUUUGAGAUACAGUCACAGAUUUGGCAUGGUUUGAAUAGUAAAUAUAAACUAACAGAGCUAAAAAGAAUAUUCCAACAGUAUGAAACUGGGGAAAAUGGAAAUACAUAUUAUUGUUCUCAGAUGUUACUUUUGCCUUACAUCAAGAUACCGUGUUUCCCUUUCCUGUUUGAAGUGUAAGUUAAUGAAAAGCAAAGCUGCUUACUGUUUAAGCUUGCAAAUUAACUAUAUUUUGAAUAAACUAAGCUUUGAGCAAGCUUUUUCAUUAACAUAUAAUUAAGUUUGCAAUAUUCAUGUUUAAAUGCUAGACAGUAAACCAUUUCUGAUGGAAAAGCAUGGUGGACUAUUAAGGUGUUGAGGUUUUCAUUUAUUGUGUCUGUAGCUAGGUAAGCAAGUUUACCUGCAGUGACUGUUCAUUUUUCCAGUGGGGUCAUUGACUGACUGUGUCAAAGUUUUUCUGAGAAAGAAAAUACAGUCUGUUUCUCUCUUAAAUGGCCAGUAUGUUGUCCAGGAAUUUUGGAGCCAGAGAAAAGCCCCACAGCAGCUUCUGUUGUUGUCCUUUUCUCAGAUGGAAGUGACUUGUGGCUGGGUAGCAAGGUCAUGACUUGGAAGAGAUCUGAAGUGUUUCUGACUCCUGCUUAAUUUCAUUUUUCUGUUGUCCUGUAUUUCCAAAACACUCUGCCUUUUAAAUAUGAAGGUGUCUUUGCAGAGGUGAGGUGGCAAAGGUCUGUGGAAAGAAGAGCAGGUGCAGGGGGCAGAGUUACCAUGAUGACUUUAAGGGAAGUGGAAGAUGCACAACAGCUUUAAUUACGGGGUCAGUGUAAGGAAUGGUCUAGCAAUUCCUGUCACUAAGGGAUUUGAAGGGUUAACAUUGAGGCCCAAGUCUAGGUGAUAAGAGAACAAAGGGGUUUUUAGAGAAAACUGCUGACUACUGCACGGGAUGUUGCGAGAGUUUCUGAAAUCCGGCCCAGAGGCUACCAAAUAACAAGAAAGGGGGAGCUGAAGGACGACUGAAGGACAAAAGUCUGGGAGGAAAUCCACCAGCCUUCAGCCCGAGCGACCCCCGAGAGACCACCAGAGACUGAUACACAGGCGUCCCUGGGAGGGUUUCAGAUUCUGGAAACCAAUUAUAAUAACCCUGCCUCUUAUAGAAGUAGUAAUGAAUAUGUAUUAGCCUAGGAGCAUAAAAACCAGCCGCCGUACGUAACAGGCAUGCAUCCUGCUGGAGCAGAGACUCCCGGCACACCCAACGCUGUUUGCUUGCCUCUAUUCGUUUAAUAAAUUGUAAACUUUGAUUGUAAUCCUA